AUGGACGCGGUAAAACAGGAACCUUUGCACUCCACGAAAGAAGUCGAUCCACUGCAUAUACAGCGAUCCCGGAUGAAAAUGGAACAGAACUCAGAGGCGCUUACCAUCGAGAGUCUCGAUGCAGAAAUCAUCGCAACAUUUGAGAAAUCGGUCACUAAGGCUCAGUGGCACACAGACGAGACGCAGCUCCUAGCAGCCUUGUACCGUAAAAACAAGGCGAAUAUGGAUGCAACUUGGAAAAAGUUUAACGAAUUAACUGGCAAGAGCAAACAGCAGUGCAGAGACAAGAUUGGAAAGAUGAAGAGGAAGGGUGAUAUAUGA